AUGCGAGUGGAUUCAGCGGAGAUGGAUCUAGAGGGGGCAAGGAGUAAAAUUUUGGACCUGGAAAAGGAAAAUUUAAAAAUGAAAGAUGAAGUGAACUAUAUGAAAUCGCAAAGUAUGAGGAAUAAUCUAAUCUUCGGUAAUAUUGAAGAAGAGCCGGCGGAGAAACCUGCGAGAACUGAGGAAAUUGUGCGCAAAUUCAUGGUAGAUAAACUCAAAAUUGUACAGGACAUAGUUAAUAAUAUAAGGAUUGAGCGUGUGCAUCGUACAGGGAUUACUCCAGUGCCACAAGCACCGGCAACCGGAAAUGGUACCAGGUCUGAACAAAAUAUAAGAAACGGUGUGGCCAGAGAGGAAGAAAUAAAAUCGCGCCGUAUCCUUUGUAAAUUUAGUUUUUUCGGUAAUAGGGAAAUGGUCCGUGGCCAGAGUAAAAACUUGAGAGACACUAACUAUUAUGUGUCGGAACAAUUUCCCUCGGAGAUCAUGGCCAAGAGGAGACAGCUUAUCAAGAGGAUAAAAGAGGAAAAGAAAGCCGGGAAACAUGCAUGGGUAUCAUAUGACACUCUUUACGUGAAUGGGAAACCAGUCAAGGAUGUAUAG